AUGGGGGAGGGCGUGUGGUCAUUGACGCAGAAGCUGAGUGACAAGACCGCCAUGAAGGUCUGCGCCUGCGUGCUCUGCCUCCUGAUCACGGUUUCCCUGCUGGAGAUCGACGCGGUGGACGCGGGGCCCCUUGUCGGGCUGGCGCAGCUCGACCAUAUAGUCAGGUCGGAGGCGCUGCUCGGCGCCCUCAACUUUGACUACCUGUGCAACCAGAUCAGCCCCUUCUGGGACAGGACCAGCGUACUCUUCCUGCACCUCGACGGCAUGUCCUUCGAGAGCGGCUGCUGCGACUCCUGCUACACCAACGCAACGGCUAACGCGGCGAUCGAUAUGAUGAAUGAGAAGAUCAGGACCUCGCGUAUCCGGCCCACAGACAUGGAUUCCAUCUGCUUGGUCGGCGGCACGGCCGACCUCUGCUCGGCGACGGACCUUGGCAGGGUAAGGAGCCUUGCGCUGCUGGACAUGUCGAGCCGGGUGCACGAGGACGCCGUGUGGUCCAUCGUCACGACGAUAACCAUGCUCUUUUUGUUGUUGUGUUUCGUCUUCAUCCUGAAUCGGAAGAUCACGAGCUUCACCAGGACGAUCCUUCAGCCGCUGCGGUGGCUGGUGGACGACAUGCAGGCCCUGUCGUCCUUGGAGCUCCUGACAAUGGACAAGGACAUGCCUGGUGGGGUGGUCGUCAAGACGGUGGAGGAGCUCAGCCAUCUGCAGUCUGCCUUCCAGUCGAUGCAAGGCGCCAUUCGCGGCUGGUCCAUGUUCGUGCCCCCAAUGGUAGUGCAGCGGCUCUUCAGCUCGGGAAUCGAGGCGGGCAUCGGCGUCAACAAGUGUCACGUUACCAUUCUGUUUUGCGACGUCGUGAAGUUUGACGAGAUGUGCAUCGGCCUCGAGCCGAACGAGAUCAUCGAUCUGUUGUCGACGGUCGGGAACUUCAUCGCCGAGGCGAUCCAGCAGAAGGCCGGCACGCUGCUGGAGUUUAUCGGCGACGAGACUGUGUCGGUGUUCAACGUGCCCAACCACGUCAAACAUCACUACGUGGCGGGGCUGGAGGCCGCGAGGGAGAUCCACAGGGUGAUAGACAGCCAUAACCCGUUCAUCUCGCAUGAGGGAAAGGAACUGGAGAUCAAGUGCCGUUGCGGAGUUCACACGGCCCGCAUGUUGGCCGGCAACAUCGGCUCGCCGCAGCGUAUCAAGUACGGAUUGCUCGGGGAUGGCAUCAACCUUGCCGCCCGCCUCAAGGGCCUCAACUCGCGCUAUGGUACCAGGACGCUCGUCAGCGACAGCACACUGCAGGCGCUAAAGAUGGUGAGGCAUUCAAUGCACUACCGCCCGGUCGACGUUGUGGCCGUGAAAGGGAAGGUACAGGGCACGCCUGUCUACGAGGCCUUACCGCUUUAUGCAAACGAGGACAACAAGAAGUUGCUGGCAUGCGAGAAUCACCAGAAGGCUUUCGAGCUGUACCAGCAGCGGCAGUUCCACGACGCCGCAGAGCUUUUCCAGGAAGUCGAGAACACCUUCGUCGCAUCUGGCUGCACUAAGGACGUCGCCAGCCGCAUUCUCCGCAAGCGAUGCCUGGCGUACAUGAAAGACCCACCGCCAGAGGAUUGGGAUGGAGUGGAUCGGCUCAAGAUGAAGACGUUCGAUGUGGACGACGACGAUGACGAGGCGCCAGCGCCGCCGCAGGAGGGCGGCGGGGCGGAUGCGGCGGCCAACGCGAGCGGGAUCGUCGAGAUAGACUCGUCGCGGAGCGACGUGAUGCGGAGCAUGUGGUGCUGGGGCUACUAG